AAAAAAAAUCCAAAGAGAAACACACAAUCAUGUUUUUGGACACCAGAGUUUUACGCUAUCUCACGGCAGAAGACUGGAGAGUCUUGACUGCCGUUGAGACGGGCAGCAAGAACCACGAGCUCGUCCCGACCCCUCUGAUCGAGAGAAUUGCCCGUCUCAAGGGCGGUGCCAGUGGUGUUCACAAGAGCAUAGCGACCCUUGCCAAGUCUGGCCUCAUCGGACGCAUGAAGGAGGCCAAGUACGACGGCUACCGACUGACCUACGGCGGUCUUGACUAUCUGGCGCUGCACACCCACUCCUCGAAAGAUGUCGUCUACAGCGUUGGCAGUCGUGUGGGUGUCGGCAAGGAAUCCGACAUCAUGAUCGUAGCCGACAAGACCGGCAAGCAGAAGAUUCUCAAGAUCCAUCGUCUAGGCCGCAUUUCCUUCCGUACCGUCAAGUCCAACCGCGACUACCUGCGCAACCGGCAAGGCGGCUCAUGGAUGUAUCUCUCGCGGCUCGCGGCCAUGAAGGAAUAUGCCUUCAUGCAGGCUCUCCAAGAAGAAGGCUUUCCCGUUCCCGAACCGAUUUCCCAGUCCCGACACACUAUCGUCAUGAGCCUGGUCCAGUCCCUACCACUUAGACAGGUCUCCUCGGUUCCAGACCCCGCGAGCCUCUACGCUGAGCUUAUCGACCUCAUCCUUCGACUGGCCAAGCACGGGCUCAUCCAUGGUGAUUUCAACGAGUUCAACAUUUUGAUCAAAGAGGAGCGGACCAACAAGUACACGAUCGAGGACGGCGAGGAGAAGGAGACGGAGACGGUGACCCUUGUCCCAGUCAUUAUCGACUUCCCACAAAUGGUGUCUAUGGACCACGUAAACGCCGAGAUGUACUUUGACCGCGAUGUCGAAUGCAUUAAGAGGUUCUUCAAGAAGCGCUUCCACUUUGUGCCCACACAACUCGGUCCUUUCUUCAAGGAUGCUAAGAAGACGGUUGGCAAGGAUGGUGCUAAGCGGUUGGACGCCACUGUGGAGGCUUCAGGAUUUACCAAGAAGAUGCUCAAGGAACUGGAGAAGGCUAUUCAGGAACAACAGGCGAAGAUUGAUGCGGGUGAGGCUGUGGAGGAAGAAGAGCUUGACGAGGACGAGGAUGAGGAGGAUGAUAGCGGAAGCGAUUCAGAUGAUGAGGAAGAUGAGGAAGAUCAACAAGAGGAAGAGGACCACGCCGUGUUCGAGAUUCCGGCAAAUGUUGGAAGGCCUUUGUCAGAUGCAGAGAAGGGGCUGGAAAAGUUAUUACUUGGCGGCAAGGGCGGCAAGCGAAGGGCUUGA